AUGACCUUCCCGUCUGCGGCCCCCGCUCGCCACCGCCGCCGUCCAACCCACCAAGGCCACCCAGCCAACUGGCCCGCCCUCCCCCCCUCUGCCGGCGCUCCCCCCGAAGGGGAGCCCCUGUGGCACCACCGUGCAACCCGCGGGCUGCCUGGCGUGGGCUGUCCCCCCGGGGCGAGGUUCUCGACCACCUCACGCGGGCAGGCGGAGUGCACAAUGGGCCCCGAGACACCGCCAUGCCGCCGCAGAGCCCCUGCCGAAACUCUGCGUGCAUGCCAGCCUGCCGCGGCUCCCAUUGCGCCCCUGCCCCCCGUGCGAGACCGUCGAGCCCCCUGCCCGGUCCGUCUAGCCCAGUCUUGCCUCUCUACAUACCCUCCGACCCAUUUUGAGUGCGAGAUGGCGAAUGUGAUGUGA